GUAUCACUCGGUAUAUUCCUUUUCUGUCAAAAUUGUCUAAUGUCAAAGAUUUACUGGUAGAGUUUGGACUUUUAACAUAAAAAAUUAACAAAAUAUUAUUAAAAAUGAAUAAAUUACUGUUUCAUCAAUCAACUAGAUGUUUAAUUAAGGCUAGAAUGUUUUCAUCGAAAGAAAUACCAAAGAAUAUUCUCCAGGAGGCAGUCACGUCGCAUUUGCAAGCUGAGCAUGGAGCUGUGUAUGACAAAAAGCCUUUUAAGAUGACUCUCGAGGCAAAUAAGAAGUACAUGUGGUGUCUUUGUGGCAGAUCAAAAUCUCAACCAUUCUGUGAUGGCACACAUAAGCAUGCACAACUCAAAAUCAAACAAAAACCAAUCAAAUUUGCUGUUGCUGAAACAAAAGAUUAUUGGCUCUGUAACUGCAAACACACUGCCAACAGACCAUUUUGUGAUGGUACACACAAACAACCAGUGGUUCAGGAACAAAACUCGAUUAUUAGACAAUAGUUUAUUGUUAUUCCCAUAGUAAAUUUAUCAAUAUAAAAUAGUUUUUUGUAGUAGAAA